AUGAAUGCCACAGGGGCGGGAUACCCACUGGCCUCGCUGUAUGUAGGUGAUCUGCAUGCCGAUGUAACCGAAGCAAUGCUGUAUGAGAAGUUUUCUCCAGCCGGCCCGAUAAUGUCCAUCAGAGUAUGCCGUGACAUUUCUACCCGUAGAUCCCUUGGCUAUGCUUACAUCAACUUCCAGCAGCCUGCGGAUGCUGAGCGGGCCUUGGACACAAUGAAUUUUGAAGUUAUCAAAGGUAGGCCGAUUCGUAUUAUGUGGUCUCAGAGGGACCCCGGGCUUCGGAAAUCUGGUGUAGGGAAUGUAUUCAUCAAGAACCUGGAUGAGUCUAUUGACAACAAAGCUCUGUACGAUACCUUCUCAGCAUUUGGGAACAUUUUAUCUUGUAAGGUCGUGUGUGAUGAAAAUGGAUCAAGAGGUUAUGGUUUUGUCCACUUUGAGACACAAGAAGCUGCCAAUCGGGCAAUACAGACUAUGAAUGGCAUGCUACUCAAUGACCGCAAAGUAUUUGUUGGCCAUUUUAAAUCACGGAGGGAAAGAGAAAUGGAAUAUGGGGCGAAAGUUCUGGAGUUUACUAAUGUCUACAUUAAGAAUUUUGGUGAAGAUAUGGAUGAUGUAAAACUAAAGCAAAUCUUUUCUGCCUAUGGAAACACCUUAAGUGUAAAAGUAAUGAUGGAUGACAGCGGACGCUCACGUGGAUUCGGUUUUGUUAAUUUUGGAAAUCAUGAAGAGGCACAGAAAGCAGUUGCUGAAAUGAACGGCAAGGAAAUAAAUGGACGCUUGGUUUAUGUUGGAAGAGCUCAGAAGAGGAUAGAACGUCAGAGUGAACUGAAACGCAGGUUUGAACAGAUCAAACAGGAGCGAAUCAGUCGUUAUCAGGGUGUGAAUUUAUAUGUAAAAAACCUGGAUGAUGGAAUCGAUGAUGAAAGGCUAAGAAAGGAAUUUUCUCCAUACGGUAUCAUUACCAGUGCAAAGGUCAUGACAGAGGGAGGACACAGCAAAGGCUUUGGUUUUGUGUGCUUCUCCUCACCAGAAGAGGCUACCAAAGCAGUCACGGAGAUGAAUGGCCGUAUAGUUAGUACAAAACCUCUGUACGUAGCCCUUGCGCAACGAAAGGAGGAAAGAAAGGCAAUUCUUACCAACCAGUAUAUGCAGAGAUUAGCAACAAUGAGAGCCCUGCCUGGCCCUAUGCUGGGAUCAUUCCAGCAGCCAGCGAGCUACUUCCUACCUGCUAUGCCACAGCCAUCAAACAGAGCCUUUUAUAAUCCGAGCCCUGUAGCACCAGUACGUCCGACACCUCACUGGACAUCCCAGCAGUCCAGGCCACCACAGUACCAUCCAACGGUUCCUAUACUGCGGGCAGUUCCUCCAAGACGCAUCUCUUCUAACAUAAGUACAAUGAAGCAAGCUUCAACACAGGUGCCCAGGGUUGGUCCUCAGACUCAAAGAGUUGCAAAUAUAGGCACUCAGACGGCUGGUGCACGAGCUCAGAUAAACCCAUCAGUCAUGCGCACAAUGACACAGUACAAGUAUUCUUGCUCCGUACGGAAUGCACAGCCACCUAUGAACAACGUGCACCUACAGCAGGUAAUGGAGCCAGCCGUGCUAAUGCAAGGACAAGAGCCUCUCACUGCCUCCAUGUUAGCAGCUGCCCCACCACAAGAGCAAAAACAACUGCUAGGUGAAAGGAUUUAUCCUCUAAUACACAGUAUGCACGCUUCACUCGCUGGAAAAAUAACUGGCAUGCUGUUAGAAAUAGACAACUCUGAACUGUUACACAUGCUGGAGUCUCCAGAGUCCCUUCACUCAAAGGUUGAAGAAGCAGUUGCUGUUCUGCAAGCCCACCAUGCAAAGGAAUCUACCAAUAAAAACGGCCAGUCUUCCCUCAUGUGA